AUGGAGCAGGGAGACUCACCGGUGGAAGAAGGGUCUUCUGCGUCCAGCCCGGAGAGGGAUGGCCCGAUGGCCGGUGAGAGCAUUUCGAAAAGUUCCAUACGGUCGAUGCCGAGGGUUAACAAGUUUGAUACGUUUGACUUUGAGGCCGGCCGGAACAGCUUGGGUCACAAUGAGGGGUUGAGUUGGGUGAUGAUAACGAAGCUGGCAGUUCAGAGCAUCGGGGUCGUGUAUGGCGACCUUGGCACAUCGCCGCUCUACGUCCUGCCGGGAAUCUUCCCGAAUGGGAUCAAGGAUAAUGAGGACAUUCUCGGAGCACUGUCUCUCAUCUUCUACUCCAUUGUCAUCAUCUUCAUGCUGAAGUACGUGUGGAUUGUUCUGUCUGCGAAUGACCAUGGCGAUGGCAGAUCAUCAUUUCGGCGUACUUCCAAAAUGCUUUUAAAUCAUUUGAAGUUUUAUGAGCAAAUGUUUUAUGGAAAUGAAUCAACUAACUGCAUGCUAACAAGGAGUGCAAUUAGUGCCUUCACAGGAGGAACUUUCGCGCUGUACUCUCUGAUUUGCCGAUACGCAAAGACCAGCCUGAUCCCGAACCAACAGAAAGAGGACCGAGAAAUCUCCAACUACCGGUUGCAGCUCCCAGACCGCCGUCAAAAGAGGGCCUCCAUGGUCAAGUCGUGGCUUGAGAACAGCAUACGAGCCAAGUAUUUUCUUCUGCUUACCACCAUGCUUGGCACCUCGAUGGUCAUCGGAGACGGAAUCCUCACACCCUGCAUUUCAGUGUUGUCGGCUGUUGGGGGCAUAAAGAUGGCGGCUAGCUCCCUCACGGACAACACAGUCAUGUGGAUCUCCGUCGGGAUUCUGGUUUUCCUCUUUUCGAUCCAAAGGUUUGGGACUCACAGAGUUGGGUACACUUUUGCCCCCAUCCUCUCCUUGUGGUUCGUCAGCAUCGCGCUGAUUGGCAUCUUCAACUUCGUGAAUCACGAUCCUAGUGUCAUCAAAGCCUUGAAUCCUGCCUACAUCAUAGCAUAUUUCAAGAGGAACCAUAAGGAGGCUUGGAUCUCUCUAGGUGGUGUCAUUCUUUGCCUUACAGGUUCGGAAGCAUUGUUCGCUGAUCUCGGCCAUUUUUACAUCAGGUCUAUUCAAGUAAGCUCUUGUGGGCUAGUGUUUCCUGCCAUUGUGCUUGCCUACUUUGGUCAAGCUUCCUACCUUCGCAAGCAUCCUGAAGGUGUUUCCACCGCAUUCUACAGCUCCAUGCCAAAACCAGUGUAUUGGCCGAUGUUUGUUUUGGCGGUGUUGGCUGCGAUCAUUGCGAGUCAGUCUCUGAUCUCUGCCGCAUUUGCUAUUGUAAAGCAAUCGGUAGCUCUGGGUUGUUUUCCUAGGGUCAAGGUGAUCCACACCUCAAAUAAGGUAGAGGGCCAGAUCUACAUCCCCGAGAUCAAUGCCUUCCUCAUGGUUGCCUGUGUCGGCGUCACCCUUGGGUUCAAGAACACCUUACAGAUGGGCAAUGCCUACGGGAUUGCCGUGGGGAGCGUCUUUGUAAUCACGUCGUUCUUUCUCAUCAUCGUGAUGAUCAUGAUAUGGAAGACCAGAAUCAUUUAUAUAUUAGCCUAUAUCAUGACGAUUGGUGUGAUUGAGCUCGUAUUUCUGAGCUCCGUCCUCUACAAGUUUAUGGACGGGGGCUUCCUUCCCCUGAUAUUUUCCUUCCUAAUGGUAAUCGUCAUGUUUGUAUGGUUCUACGGGUACCGGAAGAAGUACUACUACGAGCUGGACAACAAGGUCUCUGCUGAUGAGCUCAUCAAGGUCGCCUCGAGCAAGAACAUCAGGCGGGUCCCAGGACUCGCCCUGUUCUACUCAGAGCUUGUCCAGGGUAUCACCCCAAUGUUCACCCACUACGUCGCAAAUGUGCCAGCACUCCACUCUGUCCUCGUAUUCGUGACGAUCAAGUCGCUCCCCAUAAGCCAUGUCUCCCUCGAGGAGCGGUUCCUCUUCGUUCGAUUAGAGCCACAAGAUCUCGCCAUAUACCGGUGUGUGGUGAGGUAUGGAUAUCGUGAUGUGGGAAUGGAGCAUGGUGUGUUUGAGGAGAUGUUGGUGUGCCAGCUCAAGGAGUUCAUUGAGAACGUCGAGCUCGACUUAGACAGACAAUCUAGCAAAGUCGAAUCUGGGGAUCAAGAGGGCAUCCGGAGAGAUCGGGGACUCGUGGACGAAGCAUUGAAGAACGGCGGGAUCACCUAUCUAAUGGGCGAGAGCGAGCUGGUGGCUGUCAAGGGAUCGGCGCCGGCGGACCGAGUGAUGAUCAACUGCUUGUUUGCGUGGUUGAAGAGCUUUGUAAGGCAGCAAGACCAAGUAUUCAUGUUACCCCGUAAGCGGCUCCUGAAGGUUGGGGUCACGUACGAGAUUAGUUAA